AUGUUGGUUGGAAAGGAAUCAGCACUGCAGUACUUGGCAUUCCCAAGUAGUGACCAAAAUGCAAUUGAUGUAAGUGCAUAUUGCAUUUGAAACACUGGGUCAGUGUAUUAAACGGGAGCUCUUAUUUUGCACUGUAUUAUUCUCCCUCAAAAAUGAUUUGUGAAACCAGAACAAAAUUGGAAAUAUAAGCUUAACUUCUAUAUUUUCUUCACUAGAUUUGUUUUUUAAAAUAUGAGCCUCAAUAAAUCCCUCUUAAGACAAUUAACAGGUCAACACAACCAGAUUAAAUUAAAUAAAAUCCCAACAUUUCUGCUUGCUUGGGUGAGGAAUCAAUACAAAAAAUUUAAAUAAUUCCAUUUUUUUGUAAUUGUUUUAAUGAUGUUUUGAGUAUGAUGUUAUAUGGCUGCUUUUGUAUCCUUUGGGAGGAAUGACAUGAUAACUGUAAAAUAAUAAUGGAUCCCCAUAUUAUUGUGGGAUAUUCACCCCACCACAGAAAGCUGCAGAGAUGUGGACCAUACAAAUAAUUCUGGUCUUUGCUCCCAUGUAAGCUGGCAUCAGUGAUCUGUAGUUGGGAAGGACUGGCUCCUUAAAUCCAAUUUUCAGAGCAGUCAUUCUGCAAAGCCAGAUGUGCAGAAACUUGGAACAACCUAGUAACAUUGCUUGGAACAUAAUACUCAAAGGCUGAACGACUCAAAGGGUAAGGCAGACUGAGGUCUAUGGGAGUUCCUAUUAACUAAUGAAACAGUCAGUCUGUGAACAGUUAGAAAAAGGAUGAUGUGAUUACUAAGACCCAGCAUGGGUUUCUAAAAAAAACAAGUCAUGCCAGAUGAAUCUCAUUCCUUUUUUAUAUAUACAGUGGUACCUCAGGUUACAUACGCUUCAGGUUAAAGACUCCGCUAAUCCAGAAACCCAGUACCUCGGGUUAAGAACUUUGCUUCAGGAUGAGAACAGAAAUCGUGCUCCUGCAGCGUGGCAGCAGCAGGAGGCCCAUUAGCUAAAGUGGUGCUUCAGGCUAAGAACAGUUUCAGGUUAAGAACGGACCUCUGGAAUGAAUUAAGUACUUAACCCGAGGUACCACUGUAUAAAGUAAUAAGCUUGGUGGAUCAGGGGAAUGCUGUGGGCAUAGUGUAUCUUGAUUUCAGUAAGGCUUUUGACAAAGUUCCACAUAUUUUUGCAGAGCAGCUAGUAACACAUGGGCUGGAUUAGGUAACUGUUGGGUGGAUUUGUAGCUGGUUGACUGACCAAACCCAAAGAGUGCUCAUUAAUGGUUCCUUAUCAUCCUGGAAAAAAGUGGCAAAGUGGGGUGCCUCAGGGUUCUGCCUUGGGCCCAUUGUCGUCCAAUGUCUUUAUAAACGACUUGAAUGAAGGAAUUGAAGGGAUGCUCACCAAAUUUGCAGAUGAUGCCAAACUUUGGGGGGGGGGUAGCUAAUGAGUCAACAGGGGAUGCAGCAGUAAAAAGAAGCUAAUGCUAUCAACCAGUAUAGUAUCCAGAUCAAGGGAUGCAAUAGUACCACUCUAUUCUGCCUUGGUCAAAUCCCACCUGGAAUACUGUUGUUCUGGGUGCCACAAUUUAAGGAGGAUAUUGCCAAGCUGGAACAUGUGCCGAGUAGGGCAAACAAGAUGAUCAAGGGAAUGGAAACCAAGACUGAUGAGGAAUGAUUGAGGGAGUGGUUAUUUUUAGCCUGGAAAAGAGACGGAGAGAAUAUAUGAUAAGUCAUAUUCAAAUAUUGAAAGGACUGUCACAUGGAAGAUGGAGUAGGCUUGUUUUCUCUGAUGCAGAGGGUAGGACUCAAUCCAAUGGAUUCAAUUUACAAGGAAGGAGAUUAUGACAACAUCAGGAAGUACCUUCUGACAGUGACAGCUGUUCGACAGUGGAAUGGACUCCCUUGGGAGGUUGUGGACUGUCCUUUCUUGGUUUUGAAGGAGAGGUUGAUCAUGUCAUGCAUUAGCUGCGAUUCCUGCAUUGCAGGGGGUUGGACUAGAUGACCCUAGAGGUCCCUUCCAACCCCACAAUUCUUAUUCUAAUAUUUCAUUCUUCAGCCCAAUCUUAAGCAUAUUUAUUUACACAGAAAUAAGUCUUACUCAGUGGGGCUUGUUUCCCAGAUUUUUACUGGAUUUUAUAAGAACUGUAGUGUGCAGCUUGUUUAUACUAUCCUUUCCACGCUUACUUCCAUUUUUAAUUUACAUCCCGCCAAAAAUCAGUAUUGUAUGUGAAAAUACAAGCAGUAAAACAAUACCUAGUAUCACUAGUUCGGUCUGGACAUUCCCCUAGAUCCCUUUUAAGUUGCAAUGUGGCUACAGCCAUGUGGCGACCACCUUAAGUGUUUCCCUUGUUGUAUCACACCUGAGAGCGCCACCAGCGGCUAAACAAGACAUAACAAGACAAAGGCAUCAAUCCCAUCCCCAUUUACAGUACCUGGUAGCAAAUGCCACUAAAUUCAACAUGACUUGCUUGGGUGUAGAUAUGGUUAGAAUCGCACUGCAAAUCCCACUCAUCUCAAUAGGACUUGCUUCCAAGUAAAGCAGGCAGGUCCGCUUGAGCGGAAGUUUGCUAUCGGCUCGGCUGCUUCGUCUAACGGGUGCAAUUUAUAAAUGCUACAGGCGGAUUAUUAACAAGGCGUCCGACUACAAAAGGAUUAAGGGCGUGCCUAAACGGGAGUAUUUUAUUAUUUGAUGGGCACCGUAGGAACUGAAGAACUCCGAGCAACCAUAGCUCAGUGGCAAAGCGUCCGCCUUGCAAGUGGAAGAUCCCGGGUUCGAUCCCUGACACCCCCAGAUCAGAGUUGGGAGCGGCUCCUGCCAGAAAUCCUGGGAAGCUGCUGCCAGUGCAGACAAUACUGAGGUAGAUGGACCUCCACAAUGGUCUGAUGAGCAGCUUCCUGACGCCGAAGCUAUGGGUGUUUAGGAUCGCAGCUUUAUUGCGCACACUUCGCUCCGUGGAAGGAGGUGGGCUGGCCGGUGUCUGUUACGACGCUUUGGGUCGCCCUGCCUGUGCAAGAUAUAGAGACCGACCAGUUCAAUAAAUAAAAAAAGAUAUAGUGUAUAUGGAAAGGUAGUUGCGCCCUCCAUCCGCCUCCACAACCCCCUUUUUCCUCGAAUACUUGGAAGCAACCGUCCCGUUUCGCAUGUGGGGACGCGCGGGGUCGAGCGCCCCGCUCAUCUCCGCACGGCUCGCGUGUGAGGAGACAAGAUGGCGGCGGGGAAGGAGGCGGGGCGGAAGGACUAGAACGCCGCGCUCCUCCACCCCGCAGGCAAGGCGCGCGCCUCCUCGCCCGGCCGCGAUUGGAGGAGAGGGGCGCAAACCACGUGGUCCGGCGACCUGCCUUUCUCCUCCGCGCAGCCCCGCCCCUCCCCUCCCCCCUCCCGCGCGCCGCCGCUACCGCGCUGCAGUUAGAGGCUGACGGAGGAGGAGGAGGAGGAGGAGAAGCCGCCGUCAACGUCGUCGCCGUAGCCGCCGCCACCGCCUUCUGCGCGGGAAAGCCGCGAGCCCGAUACCGGCAACCGCCCGCUUUCUGUGGCGGAGAGGGGAGCGGGGCGGCCGUUAGUAGAGGCCGCCGCUGUCGACGGGCCCAGCCCGCUCGGUGAGUGAAGGGGCUUCGAGGGGAGGGAAUGAGGGAGAAGCCCGAGCCUCAGGCCCGCCUCCCACAACACGGGGUUCUCUUGAGGCGGCAGCGGGAGCUUGGCUCGUUUCUGAGGGAACGUGCGGCGGGGGGUAGGGGGGGGGGAUAACGUUCCCCUGCGUUCCGAAGAGGAUCCUCUCCCGCUUGUGUCUCUGUCUUUGCGCGCGCGCGCGCUCCAUUGUGUCGAGCGAACAAAAUGGCGGCGGCGGCGGCAGCGUUGUCUGGGCCGGGAGGGAGGGGGGAAUCGGAGGGAGAGAAGCGCCAUGGCGCGCGGGGCGGCUCGACGGAAGGGGAGCCAGUGGCCCCGGGGACGUGGGUGCGCUCUUCCCCGGUCCCCGGCCUCCAUCUCUUCCCCGAUGCCUCCUCUCACGUGUGCCGCCGCCGCCUCCCUCCUAUAAGUGCCGAUCCCGCCCUCGAGUUCCCCUUGAAGGCAGAGGGGAAGGGGACCUUCGCCUCAGCCCCGGGUGGCACCUUCGCAGCGGCGGACGCCGGCCCCCUUCGCUUGGCGCCCUUGGUCUCCUCUCCGCCGGACUCGCGUUUCGUGCCGACCCCCUUCCCCAAGUGAAGCGCCGCCGUAUUUUCUCCCUGACCCCCGGUACGUACCGUAAUGGCUUUCGCCUGCUGGCUAACCUUGCCCAGGUCGGCACGCGCUCCCUCCACGUGGUUAAAAAUGCGGCAUGGGCCGGGUCCCCUUCUUCGGGUUACGGGAAAAAGGGGUCUUGGGCCGCGCCGGGUUUCUCGCGCGCGUCUGAACGGUCGCAGGUGUGAAGCUGGUCUUUAAUCUCCUGGCAGAUGUGAGGUUUAAAUGGCCGAGCCCCUGCGUGCAUUUUGGGGGGGGGCGGAGGGGGAGAGCCACGUUUUGAUCGAGUGAGGCUCUUAAGUUUGUGAUAAUCAGCUCUUUUCAGAGUCUGCGACUUCUAGGCAACUAUCAGCCUGUUGUUUUGUCCGUUAACUAGCAAAAGAGGUGAUGGCGUUUCCCAAGCUUAGGCGCCUUGGCUUUCCGUUUACAAAAGUAGCGCUCCUAUUAAGUUUGGCUAGGAAUUACGAUUUCAAAGUAGUGGGUUAACACCUGAGCCCAUGGAAAGAGAAAUACGGGUGGGUGUACAGCUACUCAGGAUUGUUGCGUCAAGAAAUCAUAGCCCCACUAAACCGUAAUUUGAAAUAAUUUAAUGCAAGCUGAAUCCAGGAUUAUAUGCUGUAGUGCACAAAUUGGGGGAAGGCUUAAAGGCAAUAGGAUGUACUGAAUAGUGUUGUACAGACCAGGCAUUUUCCAGUGUCUCUGUGCUUUCUUCCUCUUCCCCCAGCAACAAUGAAAACAAAAUGUUCUUCCCUGAACUUUGCAGCUCAUUUUCCACAAGAAACCAGCUCUGAAAUAGGCUUGCAGAGCAUUUGAGUUUGAUGAAUACAACUGAAUCUGUGCAGCUUCACAAGCUUAGCUAAAACAGGUGCUUAAUUUGUGGUUUAAAAGCUAAGUUAGACUGAGACUAGUUUUUAUUUGUUUACAACAUCAAUUAUAUUCUUACUGUAUGAAAAGUUGUGCUAGUAGUAUUAGUCUAGUGUAGCAUCAUUGUCUGUGAUCUGAACAUUUGUCCAAGACACUGCUUCUUGCCUCAUCAACUUCAUGCUACAGUGUAAUGUGUUGUUAUUGAUUGCCUUCCCCCCAUCUCUACUAGGUAGGGUCACUUUGGUUUAACAUUUUUUAACAGAACAGUCUGGGGGUUGUGCUAAAUGGUUUGUUACUGUUAAAAACUGAAAUAAAUUUUUAUCUUUGUUCCUAAAGAUAUUUAUCCUGCUGUGCUCAAAGGACCGCAUAGCAUAAGGUGAACGUCUUCUGCCAGGCCCCAGUACGCUUAACUUCACAAAUUACGAACUUAAAUCAUUCCUGUGACCAACAAGCUCUAUUUUUAGUUCUUUUUAUGUAUUUAAAAUGUGUCUGUCCUGCACUUCUCAAAGUUCUUGCUACAAUAAAGCAAUUUGUUCUCAUGGCAACACAUAACAUAUUGCCCCAUUCUCACAACACAACAAGCCAUGGGUGACACUCCAGAUCCUACUGGAUCACAGUUCUUCUCUUCAACCGUUGGCCAUGCUUUUUAAGGGAGCUUGGAGUCCAGGCUCUGGAGGAUCACAGGUUUCCUGUCCCUGUAGUACAGUGGUACCUCUGGUUACGAACUUAAUUCGUUCUGGAGGUCUGUUCUUAACCUGAAACCGUUCUUAACCUGAGGUACCACUUUAGCUAAUGGCAUACGAUUUCUGUUCUCAUCCUGAGGUAUAGUUCUUAACCCAAGGUACAACUUCCGGGUUAGCGGAAUCUGUAACCCAAAGUGUUUGUAACCUGAGGUGUUUGUAACUUGAGGUACCACUGUACACCAUAGUUGCUGGUUUAUCAUGAAUGCAGAGAUGGCUCUGGCUUUACCCCUUCCCUAUAAGGAACAACAAACCACAAUUUCUGGCUUAGCAUUUCACUCAAAUUGUAAUCAGAAAGCCAAGAGUAAAUCUUGGUUUUGCAUUGUGGUUUGAUUGGAAUGAAACAAACGGUGAUCACUAGCUCAGACAUAAUGCUAAACCAGGGGGCAUAAGCUUGUUGCUCACAUGGUUUGCAACAUGGUUUGUUGAUGGGGAGAUCAGAAUGAGACCUCUGUAAACAUGAUAAAUCAUUGAUUAACAUAAAAUGUAGCAGGGUAUAUUCUGUUAUAAUAUAAAUUCAUAAUUGUACCAUGUUGUGACAAGUCCACCAGUUUGUUUUCUGAUAUUAUUGGAUGAAGAUGAAGUGUGUGUUUCUGUUGUUAAAUUUUCUGUCUGGUCUAUGACCGCAAUAAAGAUUGAUUGAUUGAUUGAUUUCUGAUAUUGUUUAUCCUUUUCAUUUUCCCAGAGUACUGAAUACACUGAGCGAGUACAAAUUGGAAGAAGCAAAUAUUUCUUGA